GCCGCACGUCACAGCGGAUACGGGAAGCAGUGCCGCACCGGCCGCGUCGCGGCGCCCUCACAGUGCUCGUCGAUCAGACCGCGGGUUCGAAUCCCCGUCGCGGUGGUUUCGCAGUGCACCGUCAUGGCGAAGGCGGCCCUGUGCGCGAUGGUGCUGCUGCUGGCGGCAGUGCAGUGCCAGCGCGGCCCGUACCGCCCGUCCAUCCUGGAGGCCUCCCUCCGGUCCAUCUGGGAGAUCACCCGCAUGGGGCGCACCGAGCCCCGCGACACGCGCGACGUGCUCCCCGAGUACGACUUCAUCAUCGUGGGCGCGGGCACGGCGGGCUGCGCGCUCGCCAACCGCCUCAGCUCCGUGGAGGGCUGGAAGGUGCUGCUCAUCGAGGCGGGCCGCGAGGAGAACUACAUGAUGGACAUCCCCAUCGUGGCCAACAUGCUGCAGUUCAGCGAGGCCAACUGGAAGUACCGCACCGUGCCCUCCGACACGGCCUGCCUGGGCAUGGCCAACCGCCAGUGCAACUACCCCAGGGGCAAGGUGAUGGGCGGCUCGAGCGUGCUCAACUACAUGAUCUACAACCGCGGCCACUACCGCGACUACGACCAGUGGGAGUUGAUGGGCAACCCGGGCUGGGGCUACCGCGACGUCCUCAAGUACUUCCUCCGCCUGGAAGACAUGACCAUCCCGGACCUGGCCCGCGACAAGGUGUACCACAACGUGGGCGGCCCCGUGGCCGUCUCCUACAUCCCCUGGCACACGCCGCUCGCCGCCGCCUUCCUGGAGGCCGGCAUGCUCAAGGGGGGCUGGCCCGUGGACUACAACGGCCCCACCCAGGCGGGCUACUCGUACCUGCAGGUGACGAUGCGCAACGGCACGCGGUGGAGCUCGAACCGCGCGUACCUGGGGCCGAUCCGGGACCGGCGCACGCUGCACGUCACCAAGCAGAGCGUGGCCACGCGCAUCCUCAUCGACCCGGUCACCAGGGAGGCGACGGGCAUCGAGUUCGUGCGCGACCGGCGGCGCCGCGUGGUGCGCGCGCGCAGGGAGGUCAUCAUCUCGGCCGGCGCCAUCAACAGCCCCCAGCUGCUCAUGCUCUCCGGCAUCGGGCCGCGCGCCCACCUUCAGGAGAAGAACAUCCCCGUGGUGCAGGACCUGGCCGUCGGCUACAAUCUGAUGGACCACGUGUCUGCCGGCGCGGUGCUGUUCCUGGUCAACCAGUCCGUGUCGCUGCGCGCCGAGCGCAUCCUGGACAGCCACGACGACUACGUGGACUACAUCGCCUACCACACGGGGCCCAUGUCCAUCCCCGGCGGCUGCGAGUCGGUGGGCUUCAUCGACCUCAAGGACCCCAACAACCCGGACGGCUGGCCCGACCUGGAGCUGCUGUUCAACUCGGGCUCCGUCAUCUCGGAGCCCACGCUCAGGGACAACUUUGGCAUCGACGAGGCGCUGUACCAAAAGAUCUUCGCGCACGUGGAGGGCCGCGACUCGUGGAUGCCGCUGCCCAUGCUGAUGCGGCCCAAGAGCAAGGGGCGGGUGAUGCUGCGCGACCGCAACCCGCUGCGCAAGCCCCUCAUCUUCCACAACUACUUCCAGUACCCCGAGGACCUGGAGGUGCUGGUGGACGGCGUGCUGCGCACCAUCGAGCUCAGCAACACGGAGCCGUUCCAGCGCUUCGGCUCCACGCUGCACGACACGCCCAUCCCGGCCUGCAAGAGCAAGGGCUUCGGGACGCGCGCCUACUGGCGCUGCCACAUCCGCCACUUCCCCUUCACCAUCUACCACCAGUCCGGCACGUGCAAGAUGGGCCCGCGCUCCGACCCCAACGCCGUGGUGGACUCGCGCCUACGCGUGCACGGCGUGGGCCGGCUGCGCGUCGUGGACGCCUCCAUCAUGCCCGCCAUCCCCGCCGCGCACACCAACGCGCCCACCUACAUGAUCGCCGAGAAGGCCGCCGACAUGAUCAAGGAGGACAACGGCGUGCCCGUGUGACGCCCGUGACCAGGGUUUCGACCACGGUUUCGACCACGGUUUCGACCAAGGCGUCGACCACAGUUUCGACUAAAGUCUCGACCACGGUCAUGAACAAGGCCGGGACGCGCCGAAAACAGAAACGACGCCGACCGCGGUGGAGGAACAUCAGUGGCGGAGCCAGACCCGGCCUGAAGAGAGGGACAAAGAAGCACCUCUUGCCUACCAACAGGGUCAAAGUGUUGGCUUUUUGCCUACCUUUCAGGUGGCUAUCUAGGAGUCAAUUGGGGUCAAUAGCUGUUAUUUUGCCCUCCUACUGGAUCCGCGCCUGAGGAACUUUGAGCAGUGCGGUUCGACGGGUGCAGUGUCGAUUAGUCGAUGCAUCGAAGCAACAGGCUGUGAGCUGCCAGUGGACGGACAGAGCCGUGCGUGCGUGCGUGCGGAGGUCGCGGAAGGCGUUACACUGUGAAACUGUUACGUCGAAGCAAAGUAAAAAUUCGGUUCAUUGUUUUGUCCAGGAGAGGUAUCUACUGCAUUUCAACUUAGAGUCCGUCAAAAGAGGUACAGCUCAUAGUUUUAUUCGAUUUGACUCAAGUAUUUUUACAGUGUAGGCAAGCGUGCAGUUCUCAAAGAGACCACAAAAGGACCUCUGCCGUUCAGAUAACUUUGUCGCACGCCCGUGUUUGGUUCCAUUUCGUGGAGCUAACGGGAUACCGGGUUAAAAUGUUUUGUUCGUUGUUUUUUUUUCUGUCCGUUUUUGUUUUCACUUCGCUGAAGUGCUGUUGCAGCGCAGCGGGAUGAAGACUGGCGCUACGUAGAGUAAUUUUCUUGGCGUGAAUAUUUAGCUGUAAGUUGUGUUCGCCCCUCUUGCGAGCCUAUCGCUAGUCAGGUCAGGCCCGACAGAAAUUAAUCUGAGGGCCCAGAAUACUGUACUGAAUAUCACCUUUUACAUUCUUUAUGUUAGCAAGUUUUUAUAUGUCCCAUCACAUUGAUUUUGCUUUCCAUUUCCAUGCUGUCCCUGUUUCUCAUUGUCCAGUUUUCGCACGAACUUUGUUCUCUGUAUGCGUGUGAUUUGUAUGUGUGAGCGAGUGUGUGAGUGUGUGUCGAGUUCGCCUCGGAAUACUGUAUAACCAUAGUGAAUCACCUCCAGUGCGUUGAUCUUGCUCAUUCUAUCUUCAUUGACUUUAAGUGAUGCCAUAGACUAAAGACAUCAGCAUAAAUUUGCCUUGUGAAUAACUACUAUGUUGUAAGAGUAAUUAAAUAAACGCGACCAUGCGAGAAAGUGAA